UUCAACAAAAGCCACCCCUCUCCCCAAAUAAAAAGAGAAAUCAAAGAGAGGAGACCUCAGGAAGGUAGUGAGGUAGGCAGCACUACAGCUGCUGCAUCCAUCAGGUACUUCCAGGGAGACGGUCCACACACACCCCACCCCACCAACGUUUCAAGGGGGUGAGCAGACUCGGUGCUGGGAGAGGGUGCGAAAAGAAUGAAAAGAGGCGCUGGAGGACUCGAGGGAGAAAGGAAGGCUGGGGAGACACUUGAGGCGCUGUCACUGAACCAAACAAGGCGGCCGGUUAACUGGUCUCCGAUGCCCAAGUUUCCGAGGAACCCUUCCCCCUCCCCGAGCCGCGCCCCCAUUGUGAUGCCAGUCAGAUCUUCUCCCAGCCGACUAGAGAAAGACCGCCGAGGGGGCGGGGCGUGGAGGAGGAACAUGAGUGAAUCUGUCUGGGGAGAACUCGGUUAGUCCGAGUCCCGGGAGCCGCCCAACCCGGGAGUUACUGAGCAGGGAUCCUGAAAAUGGUUUCCAGCCUUAGAAGUAACCUUGUGAAUUGCAGCACUAGAAAUACUGGAUCCCUCAGAGCCAACUGGCAGCAAGAAGAUUAUUCUAUAACUACUUUGGAGAAGAUGAUCACCAAUGAGAGGGAAAGUGCAAGCUCUGGCCUGGCUUGACAGAAGAAGAACAUGGAACUGGAGGAAAUGGUUCAAAAAUCCAAGGAAAAAUGCUUAUUUAGCAGUCUUAUGAACUGCUUUGUGUUUGUUUGCUUCAUCCUCCAGAAGUGUAGAAUAGUAGUUAUGAUCUUGCUGCUUUUUUGUUGUUGUUGUUGUUAUUGUUGUUAAUGCAUGCUUGCAAGUCUCUUAGGUUAAGUAUUUCUUUUGUAUGGAGGAAAUAAAUAGCUGUCUUAUACCUUAUAUUGAAUACCUUAUUUUUCUCCCACUUUGGAAGAACCUCUAGACAUAAACCAAAAUCUAAACUUUAAGUAAUUUUCACUGGGGUUCUGCUUCUGUGAAGCAGAAUCAAAAGUGAAAAAAAGGAUCCUAUCCCUCUAUGGACCAGUCUCCCCAAGACUGACCCAGUUCACAUUCUUGGUUCCAAAGUUAAGAAGUACCCUCUUAAAUGGGGAAAGGGAUCCUACAUGGCAGAAUUAAAGAGAGAAUGCAUUUUGAGUGUUAACUUGGAAAAAACGACUCUCAAAAUAGUUAUAAUAGUCUUUAAUGGUGGUCAAAAGGAUUGUAAUCUGGGUUUCCCACAACACCUUCUAUCCUGGCACUUGGAGUCUCCAUUGAGAUAGAAAUUUUUAAAUAGUCUGAAGGGCUAGGGGUGGAAAGGGCAAAAAAGAACCUGGUUAAUAAGAUCUUUAAAAUGGGCUAGGUGACAAUAACCAGAAGCUUAAGGUGGUGGGAAGUAGGUUUCUUGUUCUAUAGAUUUGGUAGUCUUUUAAAUUCAGUAUUCCUGGCCUGCCUGGGUAAUAAUUUCUGGGAACUAGGCAAAACUAAUUCAGUCAUCCAUCUUGAUUUCUUUGUUAUAAUCCUCUGGGAAAGAGGAAGUCUGAAGAUUUUCAACCUUUAAAAUUCACCAAGGCAUGUGGGGAUUAGGGGAUGAAGUAGAUGGCUAAAUUAAAGGCAUAAAAGAUCCAUAAGCACUUACUAAGUACCUACUGUGUGCCUGGCACUAUACUAAGUAAGCAAUUGAGUAAAAAAAAAAGGAAAAACAGUGUCUUCUAAUUUAUAUAAAGACCAAAGUACCAAGAACAAUGUAAAUACAUGAUGUAUACAGGUAAAUAGGAGGUAAUAUAAGAAGGCAUAUUCAACCUAUACUUCACCCAAGUAUUACGACAUGCUGUGAUGGAUCUAGACCUGGGCGUCUACAUCAAAUACCAACUGGAUGGCUCACUAUUUGACCUUUGCCGCCUGACUGCAAAAACAAAGACAACAGAGAGACUCAUCCUGGACACUCUCUUCGCAGAUGACUGUGCUCUCAUGGCCCACCAAAAAAAUCAUCUCCAAACCAUUGUGGACAGGUUCUCUACAGCAACAAAACUGUUUGGCCUGACUAUCAGCCUCAGCAAAACAGAGGUGCUGUUCCAACCUGCACCAGGAAGGCCAACGAACCAGCCGUGCAUUACAAUCGAUGGCACACAACUUUCCAACAUCAACACGUUCAAGUACCUGGGCAGCACCAUCGCCAAUGACGAGUCCCUAGACCAUGAGAUUAAUGCCAGGAUCCAAAAGGCCAGCCAGGUGCUCGGGCGGCUGCUCUCCAAAGUCCUCCAACACAGCGGUGUAAGCACUGCAACGAAGCUCAAAGUGUACAACGCAGUGGUCCUCAGCUCGCUCCUGUAUGGUUGCGAGACAUGGACACUGUACCGGAAGCACAUGAAACAGCUGGAGCAAUUCCACCAACGCUCCCUCCGGUCAAUCAUGAGGAUCCAAUGGCAGGACCGAAUCACCAACCAGGAAGUCCUCGACAGAGCCAACUCCACCAGCAUCGAAGUCCUGGUCCUCCAAACCCAGCUACCAGCAACGAUGGUCUGGACACGCCCUCCGCAUGGACCCACAGCGAAUACCAAGACAGGUAUUCUAUGGUGAACUGUCAGCUGGACUCGGGAAACAAGGCCGACCAAAGAAAAGAUUCAAGGAUCAGCUAAAGUCCAACUUGAAGUGGGCUGGCAUGACGCCAAAGUAACUAGAACUCGCUGCCUCUGACAGAAGCAGCUGGCGAACCCACAUUCACCAUGCCGCCACCCCCUUUGAAGAUGAGCAACGUCGAUGUCUCGCCACUGCGCAUGAACGCCGACACCAAGCCACAACCACACCUCCCGUAACAACUGGCGUCCCAUGCCCCAUGUGUCACAAACUCUGUGCCUCAGCCUUUAGACUUCAAAGCCACAUGAGGGUACAUCAAUAGAUGAUAAUGCACAAAGACAAUUGUCAUUCUCAGUAACUGAGAGACUACCACUUAACCAUAGGGGGGGAGAUCUAGAAGGACUUGAUAAAGUAGGAUUUGAGAUGAGUCUUGAACCCAGAUUGCAAUCUUUCUGACCAAAAUUAAAGACCCUUAUUAAAACUAUUUUAGCACUUGGUUUUAUUGGGUCAACACUUUAAAGAAGAAUGUAACACAUCUAGACCCUACUUCUCUGGAAAGGUAAAAGGUACACCAGUGUGAUACAUUUCCUUUUUCAGUCUUUUUUCCAUUUAUUUAUUGCUCUUGCUAAUUUUUUUUUAUCUUUUUCUUUUUAAAAUAAUUUGUUACAUGGGAAGAUUCAUUCUGGGAGAGGUAAAGAAGAGGAAUACCUGAAGGAAUUCUUGUAAUAUUUAAAAAAAUGAUAUCAGUAAAAAAAAUUAAAAUAUUAAAUUAUUAUGCUGAAAGAAAUAAUGAACAGGAUGAAUUCCAUGUGAACUGGAAAGACCUCCAGGAAUUGAUGCAGAGUGAGAGGAGCAGAACCAGGAGAAUAUUGUACACAGAGACUGAUACAUUAUGGCACAAUCAAAUGUAAUGGACUUCUCUACUAGCAGCAAUGCAAUGAUCCAGGACAAUCCAGAGGAACUUAUGAGAAAGAACGCUAUCCACAUCCAGAGGAAGAACAGUGGAAACAGAAAUGCAGAAGAAAAAUAUAAGAUCAAUCAUGUAAUUCAAUAUGGAUAUGAUUUGGGUUUUUAUGUUAAAAGAUCACUCUACUGCAAAUAAGAGUAACAUGGAAAUAGGCUUUGAACAAAGAUGCAUCUAUAACCCAGGGGAACUGCUUGUCAGCUCCAGGAGUGGGGAGAGAGGGGAGCGGGGGAUAAUGAAAUAUGGAAACAUGAAAAACUAUUCUAAAGAAAAAAAAUUUAGUGGUCAUAUAGUUCUAGAUGUCCAGUAGGCAAAUGAUGUGCAAUUGGCAUUCAGGAAAGGAGUUUGAGCUAGUAGAUCUGACAGUCUUUUGUAUAAUUUUAAGAUAGAUAAUUUAACCCCUGGGAAUUGAUGAAAUGAAUGAAUGAAAUACUAUAGAGGAAGAAGAGAAGAAUGCCAAGGACAGACUUUUGGAAAAUACUCAUGGCUAGAGGGCAUAAUUUGGGUGCCACAAAGUCUCACAGUCAACUAGGAGGAGAUCCAGAAGAGAACAAUGUCAUGAAGCCCAGAGAGAAAAGAGUAAUCAGGAGAAACGGAUGAUCAAAAAAGAAUGAUGUUAAAAAAAAGUCAUUUAGAUUUAGCAAUUAAGAGGUCACUGAUUACUGAAGAGAGUGGUAUAGAAUGAAUGAUGGGUUUUGAAGCCAAACCCAUAGAGUUUAGAAGAGAGUAAAAGGAAAGGAAGUAGAGGCAAUUACUAUAACCACCUUUGUCAAAGAUUUUAGCCACAAAAAGAAGAUAUGUAGAGCAAUAGUCAGUUGGGCUUGGUGAGAUCAAAUGAGAGCUUUUUCAAAGACAAGGAGAGUCAUGAUCAUAUUUUAUACACAGCAGAGAAGCAAGCAGGAGAUAGGGAGACACUGAAGAUUAAAAAGAGAGUGGGGAUAAAAGGAUAAUCUUUUAGAGAAGACAUAAUACAAUGAGAUUUCUUGUGCAUACAGAGUUUUGCCUUGGCAAAGAAAAGGGCCCCAUUUCUAUAGAAGACCAGUGAAGAAGGGGAUAAUGACAGAAGGGAAUACAAGUUGCAUAUAAAAAGGAAGCGAGAAGGAGCUCUUUGCAAAUUCAAUUUUUUUCAAUGAAGUUCUUAGAAGAGAAGGCGUUUUAGCUAAGGAAUGGUGGGGGAAAGGAUACAUGGGAGGUUGAAGGAGUUGAAAUGUUUUGUAAUAAUACAUUGGUGAUUAGGAUGGUGAAUUGAUUAACCAAAACAAGUAGGUUGGGAUGAGGUGACCAAGAAAAGAUUAAAUAAUUACAAAGCCAUAGUUUGUCUAUCUCUACAAAAGUUUUUUGUUUUUGUUUUUAGAAUAAUCACAUAUUGAAAAUAUUCUCAAUGAAUGUUUGGAAAGAGAAUAGAUAGGGUCUCACAAACAAUAUUUGACUACGAACAAUAUUUUUAAAGUUGAAUAAUCUGAUUGAAAGGUAUAUUAAAUACAAGAUUCACUAUGUGAAUAUCCAUCAAGUUGUCUCUCAUAUUUAUG